AUCUUCGUGGCGCUGGUGUCGGCGAUAUCUAUUCGCUCCUAAUCUGGGCCCUCUAGAUCAUGGAUAUAAUACAGUAUGAUCCAGAGUCGUAUCCAAAAUACGCACGGCUUUUGAUGCUACCCGAGGCCUCGGACUUCUCAGGCGUCGCGUCCAUCCCACUGUAGGGCGUGCCUGCUUCAGAGUACCACUCUGCACUCUUCGGGCUUCUCGUCGUUGACCGUAUAUCCUUCUUUGGGUUGAUCGAACGCAAGGCGUAAUGCUACGGUUCUAAGCAGGCCUUCCUGUUUCCCAUCUCAACUAAGUUUCCCGCGACGGAAGAACGAACGCACGACGCAAGCGCCAACACCGCGUCUAACUUGAAUGAGGAGGCCUCCCAGAGCGAAAGUGCCCUCCACUUCGAGACCUCGAUAUACUCUCUGCAUAAGUCGCUCAAUGCUCACCACCGUGUCCAUCGCCGUGCUUAUUUCUGCCCUCUGUCUUUACAAGUACCGGGCUGGUCUUCGAAAAGUGAACGGAAUACCCGGAAUUAGGUCCCUCUUCUCGCCUCUAAGUCCUUUGGGCGCGACACUGCCCUGCACAUCUUGGAACCCUGGCCAUGAAUGGCCCUGGCACUGGCGGAAGACUGCGUACUUUAAUCACACAUACGACGUUAUUUCCACCGUGCCCAUCGUGGUCGGGUCUCCGUCGAUCUACACUAACUCCUUCGAGGUUGCGAAACAGCUGCUCUAUACCAAGAGCGCGUCUCUAGAGAAGCCGAGGGAGAUGACCUCCGCCCUUCAAUGGGGAGACAACGUCACUUCUGUGAAUGGAGACAUCUGGCGUCUCCACCGUCGCAUCGUCGCCCCUUCAUUCAAUCAAAAGAUGUAUGACGAUGUUUGGCGGGCGGUCAGGGAGACCUACGCCGCACUUGUGACGAGCGAUGCCUGGGAUGGGAAAGACAUAGUCGAUGUCCCGAAGGCCAAUAUAAUGCUUCUUGACUUCACGAUCACGAUCAUUUGUAGCUGUGGUUUCGGAAUCGAUGUCGGAAAGCCAGGCGCUGUUCAAGAUUCCUCUCGUCAUGCAUUUCGCAAUGCACUCCGCACUGUCUCCGAGACGUAUAUUCACCACCUUCUCCUUCCAGCCUGGGCUUAUAAUCUGCCCAUUGAGAGUAUCCGCAAGGUGAAGGGCGCGUGGUCUGCUGUAGAGGCCUACAUCAUGGCAACGCUCAGAAGGAGGAAGGAGGAGGACCCCGGUGCGAUGACUCUUGAUGAGCAAGACCUCUCGGGUGAUAUCCUCAACCGUCUUGUCAUGGCCUGGGCAAGUGCCGACAAGUACGUCCUCAGCGAGCAAGAAGUGCUCUCGAACAUGUUUGCUCUUGUCUUUGCUGGGCAUGAGACAACGGCGAGCGGAAUAACGGCGACGCUGGCGUAUCUUUCGCUAAAUCCAGACAUCCAGCAGACCGUCUUCACCGAAAUUUCGCAGACUACGAGUGAAUUGGGUCUCUCUCAAUAUGUUGACCCCAGCAAGCUAGCGUACACGUUCUUCUGCUUCCUUGAAGCCCUCAGACUUGUCCCGUCGCCGAUGAUGGUUCCUCGUAGGGCAACGGAGGAUCUUGUGCUCCAUGUUGUACGCCCCGAACCCGGCACGGUUUUCGUGAGCAAAGGCACCUUGAUCAUCAUCGACCUUAUAGGUCUCUCACGAAACCCGCACGUUUUUGAGGACCCGGAUACAUUCCGCCCCGAGAGGUGGGCUGGCGUUCCGGAGCAGGAUAUCGCAUUGUUCGGCCUCGGCCAUCGUGCUUGCAUUGGGAGAAAAUUCGCGCAGACAGAGGUGCUGAGUUUCCUGGCAUCUCUGCUGCUUGAUUGGAAGGUAGAGCCCUUGCUGGGGCCUGGAGAGACUAGAGGGCAGUACACGGAGAGGGUGAUGAAACAGGCAUCCCUCGCGGGAACUGCCUUCUCGUUGAAGGAAGUCCCCCUCAGAUUCGUACGCAGGAGUCGUUAAUGUCAUUUAACGUCUAAGCUAACAGCGUUGGUUGAGUAUUUGGUCUAUGCAACUUCCCAAAUGGUCAUGGGAAGUCAUCCAAUAGAGAAGGAAGAGUGCAGCCCAAAUCUUCACAGAAUGCGAAGUUGUUGUGGAUUUAUCGAAGUCGACCACUGGACACCAGACAGGCGCCACCGUACGCGUCGAUGUUCCGGCUCAAAGGCGUUUGAGGGCUACCGCGUUCCAGGUACUCGGUCCU